GUCUCGGAUUUACAUCUACUAUGUUUAAAAUCCACGAGACCAGGCUGCAGGCAUAACUGGACUGCAUUGUCAUUCUCAACCUAGAAUUGCAUCACAAUUCAUGAUAUCCUCCUCUCUCAACCACUCUAAACUUGGACAUAUUUAUAAACACAUUCCCAGUGAAAUAAAUGAGCCUGAGCUCUGGGAUACAACUUUUCGCAGAAGGACAGUAGGCUACCUUGCACGGAGCAGCUUAGUCCAGCCCUUUUCUUUUCCCAGUUUGCCGCAUUAGAAUCGAGUUCCUAGCAAGACCCAACAUUAUCUUGGGCCGCUCUGUAGUGUAUCCGGCUCUCCCCUGCACUCGCGUUUCAACAACAGCAGCAAACAGCCUCAAGCCUGUCUCUGAUUAUUGAAGCAACAGAAAUAGGGGUAAACGGAGAAAAAUGCGGUGAAGCAGAAAAAGAGAGACAACUGGAGUAUUUUAUCGGGCGGUACGUGGGGAUAUCAAGGUGGGUGGUUGAUUGCAUUGCAAUAGCCUACGGUGUUUGCCUGAUUCCAGCAGCCCCGCACAGCGAUAUUGUUUUAUGCAGGGAUAGACGCAAAUAGUAUGUGCAUUUCUGUGUCUUGUUAUUGCAUAUCCCUCUCUCUUAUAGCCUAGCCUUGUACAGAACCGAGUUCUGUACAUCAUAUCAGGGUUUCUUUCAUUCAGAAUCUGCUCUCUGUUCAGAGUUUUACUGUAGCCUUAUUGCCAUGCCUAACAAUUAGACACUUGUAUUCAGCAGGCAUUUCUUCUGCAAGACCACACACACCCGUGGAUAAACCUAAGCAGCUGCCAUUCCAUUGAUCAGGCAACCUAUUAAUUCCACAUGAAACCCAAGGGGGACUGUCAGGUUCUCUUUCCAUCACCUACUUGUAUGAUUAAUCUAAUGCUACACUGGACACGAUGAUGGUGAACAUCCUGUAGGGAUAUGCACAUCCCAGCAGUCAUCCCUGUGCUCAAUUAGCUUGCAGCAUUUUAAGUAUGGGUCAAUGCUCUAGAUCACUUGUCAACAAACAUGGUUUGCCACUGUAGUCAGAGGGUACCUGCUCCAUUAAAGGAGAAUUUAGCAGUGUUAGCCAUACUUGUGUUAAAAGAUUUGUGGACUGAGCAUUCGCUGUACUUCUAGGUGUGUUACUCCCCGUCCACUCUGCGGCGGAUCCAAGAGAGAGCACCGGAGGGGAGAGCGAGGGGCGCUGGGACACAUAGUCACGUUGCUUCCACUCUGCACCUGCUGCAUCAUGGGUAACGUCGCUGGCAAGGACGACCAUGGCCCUACAGGGUCUCAUUUAGAUCUGUUCCACACUCCUCCCUCCUCCCCCUCUGAUUCUGACCUGGCUGCAGCUCUGGCCUUGGCUCCAGCUGCGGCUCAGCUGCUGCAGCAGGGGACACCGUCCUCUGGGGCUACCGGAGGUAUCGUCUGCCAGGGUGGAGCUUCCCCCUCCACCAACUCCAAUUGGAGCCACACGCUGUCUGUCCCGCCAGAAUGGGCUGUGAUUAGCCUAGAGAGUGGUGCAUCGACGCAGGGAACAGGGGUGGAAAUGGACGGUGAAAGGCGACCAAGGAGGUGCUCCAGCAGCCACAACAACCACAGCAGCAGCCCUGUUUCCCCAGCCCAAGAGUCUCCGUCGGAUCGUAGCCCUUUGGAGCAGAGCUGGCAGGACCGGGACAGUGGGCUGGAGCCCCAGGCAGGGCCAGAGAGGGCUAGGGAGGAGAUGGCCCUGGCUCUGCUGAACCUGCUGGAACAUCACAGGUCCACACUGGGGCUCAGUCCCGGCCUGGACGCGCCAGCAGGAGCAGCCGAGCUGCUGAGGCGGUUGAUGGUGGAGAGAGAGGUGCUGGUUGAGGAGGUGCGCAGCCUGAAGGACACACUGAGGACUGAGCGAGCUGAGUGGCACCAGUUCCAGUGCGAUCUGCAGGUGGCGGUGUCUGUGGCCGACCGGCUGCGCAUGGAGGCGGAGGAGACUCUGGGCAACCUCAGAGAGAGCCACGGGGAACUGGAGGGCCAGCUGGCCCAGGCCCACUGCAGACAGCAGGACACAGACAGGGAACUGGAGAGCCUGAGUGCUGAACACAGAGAGGCCUGUCACAGACUGUCUGCUCUCACCCUGGAACACCAACGUACCAUGGCUGAGCUGGAGACACUGAGACGCAUGCAGACAGAGAGAGGGAAGGACUCACACAGUCACAGAGAGAUGGAGGGAAGAGACACAGAAGAGAGGCCGGCUGGUGAAGACAUAAAUGAGGUGGAGGCGCUGGAUGGGGAGGAAAGAGAGGAUUCAGAAAGGGAAGUGGAAGGAGAGAAAAUAAUAAAUAGUGAGGGAGUGGAUAUUAAGAUGGGAGGGCAGUCUCCUGAGGAGCUUGUUAGUGGAGGGGAGAACCUGCUCAAAGGGAAGGGGGUGGCAGAGACGUACCUACGGAAUUUGGUUGCAGCUGGAGAGAAGGGGUGCGGCUUAAGAGAUCCACGGAGGAUCGUGAUGAUGUCAGAGCGUUCCAGGAGCCUCUCUCGACUUCCCCUGCCCACGGACUCUCUCCCUGCACAGAAGGGUAGCUCCCAGACCACCACUAGUACAACACUGCCUCUAUGCAAGAAAGAAGAGCCAGCCAAAGGGAGAAGGAUGGACCGCAUACUGCAAACACAGGACACCUGGUCCAGCUUCUAUACAAAAAAACAGGAGGAGGACCAGAACGCAGACCCACCAUCCUCGUUCAGACCUCAGGAUGGUUUCAGUAUGCUGCUGCGACGUCAUGGAGGCUCCAGGCGGAACUCACUCCUGCGCUGGUGUCAAAGCCGCACCCAGGGCUACAAGAAUAUUGAGAUCACCAACUUCAGCAGCAGCUGGGAGGACGGUCUGGCUUUUUGUGCUGUGUACCACACCUAUCUACCCACACACAUACCAUACAGCAGUCUCAGCCCAGGAGACAAGAGUGAGAACCUGGGCCUUGCCUUCCAGACUGGGGGAAGUGUAGGAAUCACAUCCACACUGACUGUGGAAGAGAUGCUGAGACCAGGUGGGCCCGACUGGCAGAGGGUCCUGGGGUACGUUGAAAGCAUGUUUCGUCACUUUGAGAUGUGAGGUCAUUUUCCUUCUGGCUUCCCUCCCAAACUCAACAUCUAACUGGUCUGCCACCACCAGUCUGGUUCCUUUUCUUGCAUCAUGAACUGAACUGAGACCGCUGAUUGGCCGAAUUGACUGACGCACCACUAGGGAUUGUAGGACAACUGUUGGAAAUUAUUUCUACUUCAGCUUCACUCUCCGUGUGGACUCCUGCUGUCGGCCAUUGGUUGUAGGUGCACUGUGGAUGGAAGUGAGGUUUUUAGGCUGAGCGCUGUUCUUUUGUUAAAUUUCACGGUGAUUGCACUGAAUAUGAGAAGCCAUUGGAAAUGAGAACACAAGCAGCACCAUAAAUGAGGAAAUUGUGGAUGUGACUAUCUGAGGACUACAGUAUAUUCUAGACAAAUUGCACCAGGAAAAUGUAUCAGACUUCAAGUUUAUCACUUUGGGUGCGACUGUUCUUUGUUGCACUUAUUCUAAUGCCUUUUUAUUUAAGCACUUUAUCAACAAUAGGAAAUCAGUUUUUAACUGGAAGAUUUUUAUUUUGUGGACACACUCUGCCAUGUUUCACAUUCUUUAUCAGACUUUAUUUGCUUAGAAAUGUUGGGAUAUUUAUGUAGCCAUAAGUAGUAUUCUAAUGUCUAUGAACCUCAACUCAAAGCACAAAGAGGAGCCAGAUGACUUGAAUGAGUUCAUUUAGUGGCGCUGCAUCACAACCGGGAUCAACCAAGAGUGACUGCCUUUUGAGGAAAUGUAUAUACAGAACUGUCUAAUUAAGCAAUAAGGCCCGGGGGGGGGUGUGGUAUGGCCAAUAUACCAUGGCUAAGGGCUGUUCUUAGGCACAA